CUUAUAGCUAACACCACUGUUGAGGUCACAAAUUAUCUGACAGAUCCACAUCCCUUUUUCAUUUUUUUUUUUUCUAUCUUUCCUUCUCAUGCUAGAUUUUCCCAACCCAUUUGUUAGACUAUCCACAUUGUGUUCAUAAUUGAGUUAUAUGUGUUUAUUUGUGAUAUUAUAUGCUUUUAUAUAGAUAAUUUGGGUUUCUUUUGGGGGGUGAGAUUUGAGGUGGAGAGAAGCAUGAGGAAGCUGAUGGGUUUGUGGGUUGUGUUUGUUGUUGUUGGGUUUGGGUUUGCUAGCAAAUGUGUAGAUGGGUUUGAGUAUUUUAAUGUAACGGAGCCUCCAUUGGAGUCUAUCUAUGGAAUCUCUGCUUCCGCCGCCGGUUACCCUCUCAUGGUGGGCCUCACCCUUAUUCAAGGAGCUGCUGCCAAAGGCGCUGUAUGUUUGGAUGGAACAUUACCUGGUUAUCACUUGCACCAUGGAUAUGGGUCAGGAGCAAACAGCUGGCUUAUUCAAUUGGAGGGUGGAGGAUGGUGUAAUAGCAUAAGAUCUUGUGUUUACCGUAAAAAGACUCGGCGUGGAUCAUAUACUUACAUGGAAAAGCAGAUUCCAUUUACAGGAAUACUUAGCAACAAGGCUGAAGAAAAUCCAGAUUUCUUCAACUGGAAUAGAAUCAAGCUUCGAUAUUGUGAUGGUGCCUCCUUUGCAGGGGAUAGAGAAGAUAAGGUUGCACAACUACAAUUUAGAGGACAACGCAUAUGGUUAGCUGCUGUUGAAGAUCUAAUGUCAAAAGGGAUGCGCAAUGCAAACCAGGCUCUUCUGUCAGGGUGCUCUGCUGGGGGUCUGGCAUCUAUAUUGCAUUGUGAUGAGUUCCGAAAUUUCUUCCCCAGAAGUACUAGAGUGAAGUGCCUGAGUGAUGCUGGAUUAUUCCUGGAUGCACUACAACAGGGGGUGCAAAAGAAUCUGCCAAGUGGUUGUACCAACCAUCUUGAUCCGACUUCAUGCUUCUUCCCCGAGAACUUAAUUGCCAAUAUUAAGACCCCACUAUUUAUUCUCAACACUGCCUAUGAUUCAUGGCAGCUCCAGGCUAGUUUAGCUCCCCAAUCAGCUGAUCCUCAUGGCUAUUGGCGUGACUGCAAAAUGAACAAUGCACAUUGUUCAACAUCACAAAUCCAGUUUCUGCAAGGAUUCAGGAAUCAUAUGCUGAAUGUGGUAAAACGAUUCUCUAUGACCAGACAAAAUGGGUUGUUCAUAAACUCAUGUUUUGCUCACUGUCAGUCAGAGAGGCAGGAUACAUGGUUUGCUGAUAAUUCUCCUGUCAUUGGCAAUAAGGGGAUUGCGCUAGCUGUUGGAGAUUGGUAUUUUGAUCGAGCAGGCAAUAAGGCCAUCGACUGUCCGUACCCAUGUGACAAAACUUGUCACAAUCUGGUUUUCAAAUAAACCAGCAUUUUUUUAUCAUGAAAUUUAAUUUUGAAAUUGGCUCAUUCAUGCUGUCAUGUUAUUGAGUAAUCUUUAGUUCCCAUUAAUAGAAACUUUACAAUUUAAAAUCAUCAUUAAAGAUAAUAAAAUAUCAAUAUGAUGAGUAAGUGUAAAUGAUUUUAUGUUCGACCCAUUUCUCCUUAUUUUUUCUUUCAUUUUAUUCCUCUUUCUGUUUUUCCUACUUUUUGGGCUAGAGAAGUCUCAAUUCUGGUAAGCAGCCUUCAUGCUACUUUGUAUUAUCUUUUAGAUAGCGUUUGGUUUGCCAGAAUGAUUUUGGGCGACAAUGAAGUAACUAUCCGUUGGCCUUCUAGUGGAAUGGUUGCUCUCAUAAAUCGGUGAAUGGUUACAUUGGCUUUUAAAGUCUGGUUAGUGGUUAUGUUCUUGACCCAGUUUUGAUUCUUCUCAAUGAGUUGGAUGUUCAAGUACUUGGUUCAUCAUUUUGGAUGGUAUGUGAUGCUUUCUGAUCAAAAAAAG